ACAUUCAGUAGGUUCUGCACUAGACCAUUUCAUUUCAAAUAUGCGAAUUCUACCAUGGCACACAGACGGACACUCCAAGGACACCAUCUACGUAACCAGUUCUCGACCUUUAAAUUAAAAGCACAAAGCAACACCGCUGGGCCACACGCCACCGCAGAUUAAUAUCAUCUUAUCAAUAAUGGGUUUUACCUCUUCAGGAGAGCCAAUUAUGGAAACAAAGAAAUGGUAAUAUUGAAACGAUGUUGAGUGAACAAUAGUUAAUAGAUGUUCAUCAAAUAACCUUAGGAUCUGAAAGGUUUACAAAUGGAUUUCCAUGGCCAUAAGAAAACAAAUCUAGCUACUGGUGCAGAAUUGUACAUAAACAGAAUGGAAUCAUCCACCAAAGGGAUUUUCUUAAAUAAAUAUAGUGAGCAUAAAUUUUAAAAUGUAUUUUAUUACAUAGGUAAAUAAUGACAUUUGGCAUGGUUGUACCAACAAAAUGUAAAUAUGCUGAAAACUUUUUUAGAAAUUUACAAUAAAUUGUGUUAAAUGGUAUUUGAAAGUUAAUUCAUUACCCAUACUGUUAUGCUGUUGUUAGUUGGGCCAACCCCUCGUUGGACUAGUUAAGUAAUUUCAAGGCUGUUGAUUGGUUAAAUGACUGAGAACAAAUUUUUGAAGGCUGCCAUUGGUUGACUGAUGAUAACCAAUUUAUUGGCUGUUCAUUGGUUGGAAGAUGUGGGAACCAAUCUUUAUGGAUUUAAUUAAAUACAAAGAACUAAUUACCAGGUGAUCAUUGACACUGUCAACAUCUUCACUGGUUGCCUUAGCGAAAAGCUUUUAAAGUUUGUUUUUAUUUUUAAUUUGAUACACGUAAAAUAUCCAUUAUGUGGCAAAGCUAAUAUAUACUGCCUCCCCCAAAUGUGUUCAAGUGCAGCCAGUGUCUUAAGGAGUUCAGGUAACGAGAAGCUAAUUACAUAAUACAGCUGUUUACUAUUUAUUUUUUUUUGGUUGAUUUCGAUAAUGCCUAAUUUUAGAUAUAUGAUCGUUACGUCAUCAGGAUCUCGUUUAUAAUUCUUCUCGUAAAAAGUCAGUGAAAAGAUGAAUCAAUAUUCAAAGAUUUACAUCUACAUGGCAUUUGGAUUUAUACUUGAAGAAUAGUGUCCAGCUGGUGAUGAAAAGUGAUCCAUUGUGUCUGGGGAUGGUUGACCUUGUCACACAAAAAUAUAUUUCAGUUAAUGACUAUGCAGUAUUAUAUGUAUUGCAGGGAAUCACUGCACCAAGCCAAGGUUUUCUCAAUUGCAUCGUAUACGGAUGGACAAGACCAACAUUCCGUAAGAUUGGUAGAGGGCGCACCGACGGUAGUAACACUUUGCUUAGUGCAAGAACGUAUCGUGUCUAUGGCACAGGUGCGCAGCGAAAAUGGCCAAAGCACACAACCAAAUCCGAGAGUCCAAAGACUUUGCAACCGGAACGAGCGACAUCUCCAAGAAACCGCUCACCAAGUACAAGUAGAACGAGUUCACGGUGCUCAACACCGCUAUCCGAAACAACAUACGAUGAAUAAAUUGCACUGGAGUUUAAUCCUACUAUUUUUCAAGUUCAACAGAAAGAACACUUGUCAAUAAAAAAAAAUUAUCUCUAUUAAUGAGGCUUAGUGAGUGGAUUUUUUUUUUUUUUAUAAAGUCAUGAGAAAGAAAAAAAACAAAAAAACAUUUGUCUGGCAGAAUGUGGACUUAGAAAGCAAUAAUCUUAACUACUAAGUACAGCUCCACUCGUAUUUGGACUCUGUGAUUAUUGUACGAACAUAUUGAAGGACAUAGAGUGGGUUGGAGACAUGAUGCUAAAUUUAAGAAUGCUCUGGAAAUUUUGUGACUAGAAUUGCAUAUCUAGGAGUAUUGACAUGGGAGGAUUGAUGGAGGGCCAUGAAUUUUAAAGCUUGGUUUUCUAAGCAAUCAAUGCAACCGUUGUACUGCGUAGCAGGAAGGCUCCCCCAAUUAACUGACAAAUCAGCAUCACCGAAAGCUGUCGGUAAUAGCGUGUAGCGAUUGUAUGGAAAUCAAGAUUAUGUCGGAACCUCAAUGAAAUUGAGGAGGCGUUAGCUAUCAAAAUAAAGGUGAUAUGAGAUGAUUUUUAACUGUUUAAAGUGUAAUUCUGCUCAGCAACUUUCCAGCGGGGGAGCCACAAGCUUUUUUUUGAGUUGUGAACGCACCCCCCCCCCCCCCCGAACCCCCAUAUAUAUCAC